CUCACACUUCCGAUUGACACCCGCGAGUGAGAACCCCAUGGACACUUAUCAUCGUGUUCACGUGCCCCACUAGCCAGCCAACCAGCCAACCAAACAAAGAGCCAUGCACAGCGUGCCCCUCACCCCCGACCCCGGCCUCGGCCGGGGGGCCAAAAAGCAAUCCGCGAUCCGCCACCAGCGACCACUACAUAUUUAUUCCCAUCCACGCGUCCCGCAAAACAUCCCUUCCACCAGAUCCAGACCCAGAUUCAGAUCGAUCCACCAGCAAUUAACCAACCAUGACGUCCGUCUCCGCCGUCGUCGUCCCCGCCGCAAAGCGGCUCACUUCUACCUUGAUCUUCAUGCACGGCCUUGGUGAUACCGGGCACGGAUGGGUCUCGGUCUCCGAGAACUUCCGCCUGCGGCGGAAAUUCGACGAGUGCGCGUUCAUCUUCCCGCACGCGCCGAGCAUUCCGAUUACCGUGAACAUGGGGAUGCGGAUGCCGGGAUGGUUCGACGUCACGUCGUUCGGCGAUAUCUCGCACAAGGAGGACGAGGCGGGGAUCAUGAAGAGUGUGGAGCUCCUGCAUAAGAUCAUCGAUGAGCAGAUCGCGAAGGGAGUCGCGAGCGAGCGCAUCGUUGUCGGAGGGUUCUCGCAGGGCGGCGCUAUUGCGCUCUUGGGCGGCAUCUCCUGCCCGCACAAGCUGGGCGGAAUAGUGGCGAUGUCGACGUGGCUCGCGUGCCACGACAAAGUCAGCACUCUGGUGCAGGACGCGAACAAGGACACGCCCAUUUUUAUGGCGCACGGAGAGAUCGAUCCGCUCAUUCGUAUCGAGUGGGCGGAGCAGUCGAGGGAUAUCCUAAUCAAGGAUUACGGGAAAAAAAUCGAGUGGCACUCGUACCCCAACCUUGAGCACUCCGCCGACCCCCAGGAGAUCAAUCACCUCCAGAUGUGGCUCGAGAAGAGGAUUCCGCCGCUUGGUAUGUGAUCUGUGAGAGUGAGAGUGGGGGAGUGGGGAAGCUAAUGUUGGAGUACAGACACGUAGAUGGGCAGUGAUACCGCAGCUGGUUGGCGGUGGAGGAGGAGGAGGAGGAUACAAAGACCCGGAAGUGGACCGAUACCUAGAUGAUUAUCUACUAUAUACCGGACAUACGCAUCACGUGCACGGAUUCCCAGUCAAG